UCUGCAGCGCCGGAGGUCGUAGCCGUGUAACCGCGCCGGCGAAGAGAAAGCCCGCCUGGUAUGCUCGGAGAGCGGCAGGGAGGCGGCUUUGUCUCCGGAGCCACUUCCCUCCCAACCAGGGCGGCAAUUUGAGUAGAAAAGAGCGGGCGAGACAAGUGGCGUCGGCGGCGGAGAAAGAGGGCAUGGCGGACAGUGACCCUCAAAGCGCCAAGGAGCUCUCUCAGUUUGCAGAAAAUCUCCUACAACAGCUGCACGAAAACUUUGAAGACCUGACUGAUAAAUUAUCUCUAAAAAUGGAUGAGAUGGGUGAACGGAUAAAUGAUUUGGAAAAGCAUGUUGUUGAACUAAUGGCUGAAGCUGGAAUAGAAAAUGCUAAUGAAGAUUCUGAACGAACUAAAGACAUCAAGGAAACACUGGAUAGAACAUGAAGACUUUAAGACUAAGUACGGUCUACGUUUGUACAAAUUUUAAGAUAUUUGUUAAAAGACUAUAUAACUAAAGGAUACACAUAUCAUCAUCAGCUACAAAAAAAUGAAGCUGUAAAUAUUUCUGGCCUAUAUUAUUGCUAUAAUAUAGAAUCAUGCAAGUGUGAUGGGCAGUAUAGAAAUUUAAAUAAGGAAAAUUCUCCUUAUGAUUUUUUUUUGUUUAAAAGUGACAUUAAAGGCUGAAAACUACUUCAUAUUAACAUUGAAUUCAUGACAGUUCAUACACAUUUUUGUAUGAAUAUAUUUAUAAGCUUUUAUACCAAGUUUAGUUUCCAUUUUCCCCUUGAAGUUCGUUUUCUUAAGACUAUCAAGUACAAAGAAAGAGUAAAAUUCCAUGCUGUUAAAAUUAGUGUAAUCUCUAUUUCGAUUAGUUUUCCUCUAUUGAGAUCAAGUGUUUUUGAAGUCAUAUUGCUAUAUCACUAAUGCAAUUCUGAACAAUUUCUACCAUGAUUUUUAAAAUAAUAUUCCUAGGAGGCCCUUCAAGGCUUAACUACUGCAAUACAUCCUACAGGGAACUGCCCUUGAAGACUACCCAGAAGCUUCAAUUGAUCCAGAAUGCAGAGGCAUGGCCAGUAACAGAUAUGCUUUGAUAUGCCUGUGUAAUACCCCUGCUUUGUGAACUGCACUGGUUGCCAGUUUGUUUCUGAGUGCGAUUCAGUGUGAUGGUAAUUACCUAUGAAGCCUUACAUAGAACAGGGUCUGAUUAUUUGAGGGACCACCUACCUCUUGUAGUAACUGUCUAGAAGAUUUGAUUCAGGUUUUGCAUACUCCAAUUGUUUUGAUUAAGCAAUGCCACCUCUCAGCAUCUGGAAGUGCAUAUUCUCUGCUGGAGUGCUGGCCCUCUGGAAUGAGGUUUUCCACAAGAACUAGGUGGUUUUUAUGUUCUUCUUUUAGAGUACAGGUAUCAAACUCGAUCGU